UCCGAAGGCACUGAAAACAAAUUUGUCGCUUGUAUGACAACCGUUCAUCCAUUAUUGGAUUUAACUGUUUUCUUUGACUAUAGCAAACGAUUUUAUAUAUAGAAAGUAUUAACAUUACAUUUUAUCAAAAUGAUGCUCUCACGGUUAAAGCCGGCCGUUGGGCCUGGCGCUUCCACACCUGGUAAAGAACCAAUGAAGAAGAAAAAGGUUCCAAAGUUAGAUGAUUUUCUUGAUGCCAGAGAUUACACCGGUGCCAUAACACUGCUGGAGUUCAGUCGUAACAGUGGCAAGGGCAAUGAAGAAACCAACAUGUGGAUAGCAUACUGUGCUUUCCACCUGGGAGACUAUAAACGAGCAAUGGAGGAAUAUGAGAGAAUGACGGCACGAGACGGGUGUCAUCCCGAUGUGUGGUCGUUUCUGGCGUGCUGUUAUUUCCUACUUGGAAUGUAUGGGGAGGCAGACAAGGCAGCCCAAAGAGCAAACAGCUCUCCAAAAAGUCGCCUUGUGAACCGUCUUGAGUUCCAUCUGUCUCACAAGUUCAACGAUGAGAACCGCCUCAUGUCGUACCACCAGAACCUGCAGGAUGUGUUUGAGGAUCAGCUGUCGUUGGCAUCCAUUCACUACCUCCGCAGUCACUACCAGGAGGCCAUUGAUAUAUACAAGAGAAUACUACUCGAUAACAGAGAUUUCCUGGCUCUCAAUGUGUACGUUGCCCUGUGUUACUACAAGCUGGACUACUAUGACGUGUCACAGGAGGUUCUAGCUGUGUAUCUCCAGCAGUAUCCCGACAGUGCCAUCGCCCUCAACCUCAAGGCUUGUAAUCACUUCAGACUCUACAAUGGCAAGGCUGCCGAGGCAGAGCUGAAAGCUCUUCAAGAAAUGUCUUCACCAUCAUUCACAUUCGCACGAGAUCUCAUUAAACAUAACAUGGCUGUGUUUCGAGGAGGUGAAGGUGCGUUGCAAGUUCUCCCACCUUUGAUUGAUGUUAUACCCGAGGCUCGGCUCAACCUGGUUAUAUAUUACUUAAAACAAGACGAUGUAUCUGAGGCCUACAACUUGAUCAAAGACCUGGAACCUACGACUCCACAAGAAUACAUUCUGAAGGGAGUUGUCAAUGCUUCCAUUGGACAGGAACAGGGUUCUAGAGAACACUUGAAAAUUGCCCAGCAGUACUUCCAGCUCGUUGGUGGAUCAGCUAGUGAAUGUGAUACCAUUCCUGGUCGACAGUGUAUGUCAUCGUGUUUCUUUUUGCUGAAACAGUUUGAAGAUGUGCUCAUCUAUCUCAACUCCAUUAAGAGUUACUUCUACAAUGAUGACCUGUUUAACUUCAACUACAUGCAGGCUAAAGCAGCGGUUGGGAACUACAAAGAGGCUGAAGAGGUGGCGUUACUGGUACAGAGUGACAAGAUCAAGUCAGACUACACAUACCUCAGCUGGCUGGCACGUUGUUACAUCAUGAAUAGAAAGUCGCGGUUAGCAUGGGAACUUUAUCUGAAGAUGGAAACCUCGGCCGAGUCAUUCAGCCUACUCCAGCUCAUCGCCAAUGAUUGCUACAAGAUGGGACAGUUCUACUAUGCUGCCAAGGCCUUUGAUGUUCUGGAGCGUCUUGAUCCCAAUCCGGAGUACUGGGAGGGCAAGCGUGGAGCAUGUGUUGGAGUCUUCCAGCUUAUCAUUGCUGGCCAGGAGCAAAGGGAGUACCUGCGAGAGGUGAUCAACAUGUUGAGGAACACCAGCAACCCCCAGGUGGAGUACAUCAUUCGCACCAUGAAGAAGUGGGCCAAGGAAAACCUAGUGCCUGUCCCUUGAGGAAAACCGACAGCAAUAGCAGUUAAUAUAUUUACCAACACAGACAUCUAAACCAAUUCUGAACUGAUAGUGAGAAGUGGAACAUGUUAAUUAUCCAGACCAACUAUCAAAAGACAGAUAAAUUAUGACGUUUAACAUUGUAGGAACAACGGGGAAUAAUUUUUCGAUUAUCUCAUAAUGACUCAAUAUACAUGUUCAGGGCCCCGUUCCACAAAGCGAUCUUGGCGCUACGAUUACCUUAUGUGCAUAGCUACCUUAUGUGCUUACGGUGAUCUUAGCGCUAAGAUCGCUUCGUGGAACGGGGCCCUGGUCUGUGAGAAGGAUUGUUUCUUAUAUGUGUGUGUGUCACUCAGGCAGAUCUUAUUUUGCUAAACACAUCUUUUAUUCGUUUCAUCUUUCAUUCAUUUCAAACACCAUAUGUUUUGUUUCAUGGGAAUCAGUUCUGGACCUUUCAGGAAUUAUGCUAAGUAUCACAGCAACCAGUGAUCUCAUAAUGAUAAAUUAUUACCUAUAAUCCUUCCCACAGGGAACACUUCUGUUUUUUCAUAAUAUGGAAUUUACUACAUGUUAUUUAUUUCUGAGCUGAUGGUUUUGUGAAUUGCACACACUAGUGGGGGGGGGGGGGGGGGGGGGGGUGUUCCAAAACACUUUUACUUUUCUUUAAAUGUCAAACCAAACUGAUAUUAUUUAUUUAAAAAAUAAAAUAAAGGGACGACUAUAUAGCAUAAUGUUGAGAAGAACUGGGCCAGUGCUUAUGAAAUUUUAGAAUUGGAUACAAAUCUUUAAUGAAAAAGUUACUUUGUUUUGUUUAACAACACCAGUAGAGCACAUUGAUUUAUUAAUCAUUGGCUAUUGGAUGUCAAACAUUUGGCAUAUUUUAUAUGCACCAUCCCACAGACAGGUUAGCACAUACCACAGCCUUUGAUAUACCAGUCAUGGUGCACUGGUUGGAACGAGAAACAGCCCAAUGGGCCCACAGAUGGGGAUCGAUCCUACACUGAUGUGAAUGCUUUACCACUGGGAAGUUCAUCCAAGUCUUUAAUGAUGCCACAUUCAUGCAAUUUGUAUGUUGCCAUGAUUAUGAAGUCUCAAGACUCUUAUUAAGAGACUGGGGCCCAUUUCACUAAACAUCGUAAGUUUAUGUCUGCUACUAGCAGUUAUACCAGUUGUGUGUUUACACGUGUUUGGCGUCUUAUUUCACACAGAAAAUUACAUCAUUACGGAAGCUGGAGUAUUUUAAGGACAAAAGAAAAUGAAAUAUGUGUUCUUCUAACUAUAUAUGUUGAACUAUAUUAGUAGUAAGAAUUGUGGUUUAGUCGUAGAUUUACCUGCAAAACUAGGCUUACGAUGUUUUGUGAAAUUGGGCCAUGAGGCCAUGUGUUGUUCUUCAUUGAUAAGUCGACUGUUUUGAAAGUGCAUUUAAAAGAUACAUGUAUCUUAUUGCUAACCACAAAGAGUAGUCUAUGUUGAAGCUUUCAUCUUCCACAUGUAACAUACAUGUACAUGUAUGUUAGAUUGACACUUAACAUACAUGUCCGUUAGAUUAUUAACAUGUGCUGGCAUGUUGUUAAGCAAACAUUCCUUUCAUCUAUCACACUACAAAGUCAUUUCAGUGUGCAGUUUUCAUAUUGGUAAAGUGCCAUUCUCAUUAUGCGAGUUGUCUCACCAAUUUGUCGUAUGCACUUUUGUUAGAAAUAGGACAUGUUCUAAUCGGUAUGACUGCCGACACGACUUGUCGUAUAAGACUGAUGUUGUUCUGAUUUAGGUGUACUCACAGUACGAUAUACGAUUUCAUGUAGCAUGUUGGUACAACUAAUCACAUAAUGAGAACACAGCUUUAUGGUCCCAAGUCCUUCAACCUGAGUCACAGAAGUUGGCUUAAAUAGUUGUAAGAAACAUUUACAUCAGUAUACCUUGUUGAUGAAUAUUUACUUAUUACAUUAUUAAUCAAGAAACUAACGUGCAAUUCAAAGACAUCAUAUCAUUAGAUUUGUGCUGGUGUUAAAAUAUAGUCGUUAGUUAAGGGCUGAAUUUACCAAGCCUGUGUAUGUUUUACACUUGUGUGACUACAUGCAUUUACAGGGGUAAAGCUAUCACUUGAUGCACAGUCAGUCUAGGAUCGAUCCCCGUCGGUGGGCCCAUUGGGCUAUUUCUCAUUCCAGCCAGUGCACUACAACUGGUAUAUCAA